UUGCAAUUAAAAUUCAUCCCUGCUCGCCGAUUUUAAAGUCUCUGUGACCCAGUCUCCGUGUCUGUACCCCCCACCCUCCUCCCGCCCGGUUCCGCGCCAGCCGCGGAAUUUUGUCCCCUGCCGGCUCCCGCCGCGUCCCCAGAGUCCUCAUGGCCGAGUACUCUUAUGUCAAGUCCACCAAACUCGUGCUCAAGGGAACCAAGGCCAAAAGGUAAGAAAAAGAAGAGCAAAGAAAAAAAGAGAAAAAGAGAAGAAGAUGAAGAAACCCAACUUGAUGUUGUUGGAAUCUGGUGGAAAGUAACAAACUUCGGUGAAAUCUCAGGAACAAUAGCGAUUGAAAUGGAUAAAGGAGCCUACAUACAUGCACUUGACAAUGGACUUUUUACACUUGGAGCUCCGCAUAAAGAAGUUGAUGAGGGCCCAAGUCCUCCAGAGCAGUUUACAGCUGUCAAAUUGUCUGAUUCCAGAAUUGCUCUGAAAUCUGGCUACGGGAAAUACCUUGGUAUAAAUUCAGAUGGACUAGUCGUCGGGCGUUCGGAUGCAAUUGGACCAAGAGAGCAGUGGGAGCCAGUCUUUCAAGAUGGGAAGAUGGCUUUACUGGCCUCAAAUAGCUGUUUUAUUAGAUGCAAUGAAGCAGGAGACAUAGAAGCAAAAAGUAAAACAGCUGGAGAAGAAGAAAUGAUAAAGAUUAGAUCCUGUGCUGAAAGAGAAAUUAAGAAAAAAGAUGACAUUCCUGAAGAAGACAAAGGAAAUGUUAAGCAAUGUGAAAUCAACUAUGUAAAGAAAUUUCAGAGCUUCCAAGAUCAUAAACUUAAAAUAAGUAAAGAAGAUAGUAAAAUACUUAAAAAGGCCCGGAAAGAUGGAUUUUUGCAUGAAACACUUCUGGACAGGAGAGCCAAAUUGAAAGCUGACAGAUACUGCAAAUAACCAGGAUUUUUGUUUCUUUCUUAUUUGUUGUUUUAUUUUCUGAAUAAAGUAAUCAAUGGAAUACA